UACGAGCACGCAGGCCGUGCAAAAUUCAUCGGAGCAAGCCUCUAUAUAUACUCGUGCAGCAGAAAUAGUAGAUAUAUAGCAUAGCACAUUAUAGCUUACUCCUACUGCUAUUAUCACAGGUGAUGUCGUGACUCAGAGCUCAGACUUUCCACUGAACGGAUUCUAUAAGGCCUACGUUCAGUGACAAAUAAAUAACAUAUCUCGAACAAUAAUUGCCGCGAUCGGUAAUAAGGGCUUCGUUUGUCAUCGAUGUGCACUCGUGAGUGAUUAGGCAUUAUUAAAACCAAGUGAAUAUCUUCGUCGACGUUGACGUCUGGGGAAUUCUUUCAUCAUGGCUAUACCACCGUUGCUGAGUAGCACUCCACCACCUUUGGAUAAUUAUGGUGAAUCAGAAGACGAUGAAUUCGGUGAUUUUACCGCUGCUGGUAUCGAUGGUCUUUCAUUGGCAUCGGAUUCUCCCUACAAAGUCCUAACUCCUGUACCUUCCGAGUGUAAUACUCCAAAGAUCCACAAUGGCUUUACACCUGCUCUUGUGCCAUCUUUGAUAAAAGAUGAAAUUGUCAAAGCUGCAACCAUGGACCAGAUUUUGACAAUUGAAAAGACAGAUGACAUAGUGAGACACAUACAUUUAGAUGAUAGAACAAAUAGUGUUAGUGUUAAAAACAAUGGUGAUCCUGAUAGUUUAUCGCAUGAUAGCAAUUUAGAUUUACCCAUCGACAAUGGUGCGAAUAUUUCAAAAAGCAAUAGUGAUAGUCUCAGCUACUUACGAAAUGAAAUAAAUGCUAAAAGAUCAGAUAACAAUGAAAUAGUUAGUAGUAACAAUAGUAGUAUAGAUGAUAGUGCUAAAACUGGAUGUGAAUUUGAUGAAUCUUUGAGCAAUAAUGGAAAUAUUGAUGAUGCAGAACCUUUAAGUUUGAUUUUGGAUGAUCCUAAUACAAUUUCUGAUAUCCAGCAAAAUCUUGAUGAUGAUUUUUAUGAUUAUGAAAAUUUCAAAGAUCCAUUAGAAUCAGAUACUCCAGUAACAAAUAAAUCAAUAAGUAAUGUGCAAGAGCAUUAUAAAGAACCCAAUGUACAAAGUAAAAUAUUUAAAAAUCAAGAUAUACCUUUUGAUAAUCAUUGUAAUAACAGCAGUGCUGUUUCUUCAUCCAUCCAAGAUAGCAUAGAAGCAAAAUUAGAUACUAACUCUAAUGAUCUAAAAGUUAUUGAUGAAGAUCAACCAACAUUAGAAUUGAAUGGUUUGACUCAAGAAAAAAACCAAGAUGAAACAAGUAAUGAUGAAUUAUUUAACAAUUUUCAAUUCAAUGGUUUACUGAGAGAAACAGCUAUUAAUGAAGUGAAUUUAAAUUCUACAGAACGGAAACAAACUACAUUCGAAAAUUUAAAUUUUAGUUUUAGCGAUUCAGAAAAUGUAGAAGAACCAAAUUUAACUAGUACAUAUGUAAAUAUCUUACACAAAAAUGAUUACUUGGAAAAUUUAGAAAGUGAAAGCAUGGUAGAUGAUAGCAUAAAUAAUUUACAACAAUCAAAAAAUGAUUUUACUUAUGAGACUGCUAAUUCUGAUGAAAAUGUUCAUUUGGAUACCAGGAUUAAUAAAUUCCCUAUGAGCUAUGAUAGUUUUAAUACUGAAAGCAGUACUAAAGAUAACUUAGAUCACAAUGAAAAAUUAAACUGUGAUUUUUCUAAUUUUCAAAAUCAGCAGAACUGUACUGAAGAACCUACUUUGCACAUUGUUUUGGCAGAUGUGCAAGAUGAUAGUGCAAAAUCAAAUCAAGUUAGUGGCAAGUCAUCAAGUAGUUCCAUGCAUAAUUAUUUCGAUUUUGACUCAUCACUGCCUGACUUUCAAAAUGUUUCUACCGAAAAUGAUAUUUUUGCAAACGACCCUAAAAAUGAUGACUGUUUUACUUCAAAAAAUAUUCCAUCUACAGAAGUGAAUGAAACAUUGGGAGCAUAUAAAACUAAUACUAUUCACAAUGAACAAGAGUUGACAGCUGUUAAAACCUCAUCGCUUGAUGUGGACGAUGAAUUUGGAGAUUUUGCAGAUUUUUCCAGUGCACCUGUAGAAAAUGUUAAUGAAAAUAUAGAAUUUAGUGAAAAUAUUGUAGCAAAGCAAGAACAAACUGCCUUUAAUGAUGAGGAAGAUGAUUUUGCUGAUUUUGCUGAUUUUGAAUCUUCAGCUCCAAUAGUAGAGAAAGCACCUGCUAGCUUAAAAGAAUCUAUAUGUCAAAUAGAUAAUGAAAAUGCUGCAAAUAAAAUAGAAGAUAUCAUUAUGAACAUGUUUCCUACAUGUCCUGAAAAUUCUGCUGUCGAUUUGCAAUCAUUAAUAUUAAAAAGUGAUGAAGUGUGGAGAAGUUUAAAAAGUGUUGAGGAAACUCAUGCUUUAACUUACCAAUGGUCUAACAGCAGCAGUAAUAAUGCUCUUUUAAACUCAUUAGGCAUUGAUUCUAGAAAUAUUUUAUUUGGACCACGAUGGAAUCCAAACAUUCCUCGAUUUGCUGCCAAUUUAGGAUUUUCACCUUUAGAACCAGUUAAAGCCUCUUCUAUAGAUGCACAGCCAACUGCAUCUAGUAGUAAAUCACAAAAUAUUCUUGAUACCGAGGAUGUACCAGUUGCACAAUUUGAUUGGAAUAGUGCUGGAUUGGUGAAUCCAUUGGAAGGAAGUGGUGGGUUAUCAGCACUUCUACCACUGGAUCUUUUAUAUCCAUUUGAUCCUUUAUUAACUUCCCAUUGUUCUGCACAUUCUGAAUCCUAUCAUCAUCAUUACCACCGCCAUCAUCAUCAUGCUGCUUCUGCAAGGAGUUCUGUUUAUAACUAUGUAGUAGAUUCAAGUUCAUCGCAACAUCAAGCUCAACCAAAUAAGAUAAGUCGUCAAUCGAGCAGUAGCAAUCUACCUAAAUCACAAAAAUCACACCAAUCUUCAAGAAUUAUUGAGCCUUUGCCAGGACCAAGUUCUAGUGACUGGAAAAAGGCAGAUGCACAUCCAAAAGUUAAAACUGAAAUGCCAAAGGGUUCAAAACAUUCUCAUAGCAGUAGGACACAUUUACAUGGAAGUAGCACAAUUAAAAAUGAUUCUUUAAGAUUAGAAAGUAGUGCAACUGAAGUUCAUAGACCUGAACAGCACAUUAGGAAAUCAUCUAUAAAUAAAAAAGAACAAUUAACAGUUCAAGAAAAUGUGGUUCUUGAUAAAUAUGGAAAACCAAUGACUGUUAGACCAGAAACAAUGAAAGUUCUCAAUCAAUUACCGGACCUUUCCUUUUUAAGUGCUAGAACAUUACUUUACAAUCCUGAUCAAAAGCAAAUUCAUAUGGAUUUGGGUGCUGUAAUAAAUCGAAAAAUGCCUGGCUGAGUAACAUUGGUCUGAAUGCAAGUUUAAAAAAGUAAAAUAUGAUCAUAACUAUCUUGACAAAAUUAGACUCAAAAAGAAUCUAUUACCUUUUUUAGUAUAUAGAAAAAUAUUUUAUGUUUUAAAUAAUUUCAAGAUCGUUUUUAGAACUGAGUCUACUUUUGUGAAUUUAGUUUUAAUGAUUAUAAAAAAACUUGUUUUCAGACCUAUUAAAAAAUUUUUCAAAUUAUAAUUCUGCAAAUUUAGUAAAAGUUUCUACUUGCAUUAAA